AUGGAUCCUGGCAAGUCCUCGCCGAGGCAGGGAAUGGACAGAAUUAUUAGGUCUGUUUCCAAUAGAUCUUCAGGCGGCCUAUCAACAAAGUCACACGACUCUGUAUCUGUAGUUGGUCCUCACCCACUCGGCACGCUGCGUGUUCAUCAGCCAGAUCAACCUUCUCCCCUGGCGCAAUCAGGACAUGUAAAUAAUGACGCCGACGAUUCCCCCCCGCCACUGGAUGGCGAUGAGCCGAUGGGUGACAUCCAAUUGCCAAUUCGGCAGCCGCAACGGCCUUCCGUGAUGGGUGACAGACUAUCCCAUGAGAUGGGUGGAGGAGAUGUCAUCCUUGUUCUGGACCUCCCAGAAGUCUUCACCGUUGGAUACGAUUCUCUUUCCUUCAAUGCGAAACAUUUUGGUGGAAUUCGAGACUUCCCAUCGGGCGCACACUUUAUUUGGACUUCACAUCCAUCUGGAACUUCGACGCGUUGCGGCGUAUGGGUUAUCAGCUCUCAUGCACACCAGGUCCACGUUUUACAAUGGGACAAAUACAAUGAGAUGCUCAGCGAGCCUUCCCGAACCGAGGCUCGUAUUCAAGCAGACAACUUGGAGUCUAUUCACAAAAAACUGGUGCCGUAUAAUGAUCCCACAGCUGUGAACACCGAAAUAGCCGAAAGUUCCAAUGUGGAUGAAGCAUUACGUUUAUGGGCCCAGCUGACCAGUGGGAUAUCUGAGGUCACCUUAAAUCGAAUCACCGGCCAGGUCGAUGGCCACUACUUUGUCAAUACUACGGAUCGUGUCAAAGGAUCAACGUUAAUUGCGGCUGAAAUAGAGCUUGAGAAGCGUAUUUCUACGUCUGUUCUUCAGAACCGCGAGCUCAAUUUCUCCUUCUCCCAGCUUUCCAAGACGUUUUCUACAAGCGAUACUGGGGCGAAGCGAACAUUCCAAGCAAGGGAUGCCACCCCAUAUCUUCUAUCCUUGGUUCAUGAUUCAACUGUCAAUUUGAGUGAGAAUGACAUAGUGGGAGAGUUUCAAUUUGCUUUCCUCGUGGGGAUGCACCUUGGAAAUGAUGCCUGCAUGCAACAGUGGUGGCACAUGGUACUCAAAAUCAUUUUACGAGCAUACCUUCUUCCUAUCCAGAGACCGAUACUUGCAGCUGAGCUGCUAAGAUGCCUUGCAGCACAGCUCUCCUAUAGCAACAGCAACUUUGACACGUCCAUUCUAGACUAUAGCGAGAGCCAGUCCCGUGAACUUCGGUUGGCACUAAUUCUGUACAAGAGACGUAUAGAAGAACUCUUUGAGUACAACGACAUUCCAGAUCAGCUCGCGGUUGUCACAGCUUUUGCACAAGUGGAAUCAACCGUUGCCCUGCCGCCACUUGGGUGGGACCUCCGGAGUGACAACUACGUACGGAGCGGGAAGAUAAUGUUGGAAGAUGGCGAGGAGAUUGAAGUAGAGAUGGGGGAACUGGAGGCUGAAGACGAGAGGGGCGAAUAUGCACCCGAGGUGGUCGAAUUGGACGAGAGAGGAAACCAACGAGGGCUUGUCUCGUGGUCGGACUAG